GCAAAGACUGAUCAGGGAAACUGCUUUUAGAAAAUGGGUUAUCAUUCUUUACAAGAUUUUGUUCACUCUGAGGCUGGAUUUUCAACUUUCAGACAAGAACCCCAAAACAGAACCAGCAUAAGAGUUUUCUUUAAAAGAAAGAAAGAGACCCUUUUUAACUGUGAGGCAGAGCAGAGUUGUUAAGCUAGUGUGAAUUCUUCUCUUUUUUUACUGAUAGCUUGAAACUUUUUAUAGUUUGGCAUUUCACUAACUUGAAUCUGAAGCAUGGGUUAAUGUCAUGUAUUAUUAAUUUAUCUUUCCUCUCCAAUGAAUAAUCAGCAGUAUUGCAAUAUGCCCCACCAUUCUUGCAAAAGACAUUAAUUCUCAGACCUUUGAUUGGACGUAUGCAACUCAGACUAUUAAUUUCAUUUCUGCACAAUGCCGACUGAAAUAAAUAAAUAAAUAAUAAAUAAAAACUAAAAAUCAAAAGAGAGAGAGAGAGAGAGAGAGAGAGAGUUUAAGAGAUUAUUGACGGUGACUUUUCUCUCAUGAAGGCUACCUCUUAUAUUAAUUCAACUCCUUUUCUCAGCUGCUACUUCAUUUUCUUGGCCUCCUUUUCAACUCUUUCUCUCUGUCUCUGUUUGCUUACAUCUGUUAUACCAAAGCAGAUAUAUCUCCCUACAAUUCCGUUCCCAACACACCUCUGCUCACUGCUGACACUUCACCUAGGAUUCACCAAACUUUGCUGUUUUUGGAAAUAAAAAGAUUUCUCUUACCUUUUGCUCCAAAUGGGGAGGCACUCUUGCUGCUACAAGCAGAAGCUUAGGAAAGGCCUUUGGUCUCCUGAAGAAGAUGAGAAACUAUUGAGGCAUAUUACUAAGUAUGGCCAUGGUUGCUGGAGCUCUGUCCCCAAGCAAGCUGGUUUACAAAGGUGUGGAAAGAGUUGUAGAUUAAGGUGGAUUAAUUACUUGAGGCCUGAUUUAAAGAGAGGUACAUUCUCUCAACAGGAAGAGAACCUCAUAAUUGAGCUCCAUGCAGUUCUUGGCAACAGGUGGUCUCAAAUUGCAGCACAAUUGCCAGGAAGGACUGACAAUGAAAUUAAAAAUCUCUGGAAUUCUUGCUUAAAAAAGAAACUUAGGCAGAGGGGCAUUGACCCUGUUACUCACAAGCCACUUUCGGAGGUUGAAAACAAUGGAGAAGACAAGAGUUCGCCCACCAACGAAAGCCAAGAUAAGGAACUGAACCUCCUUGAAGCCAAUAAUUCAAAGACAGGGCCAAAUUUACAAGAAGGGAAAUCGUCUCCUGUUUCUGCGCAAAGCUACCAAUUGGAGGGGAAAGGUUCUUCAAAUUCCAAGACCAUAAGCAGCAACACAAACAACAGCAAUUUGAUGACAGCAGCCAUGAGCAACAAGGACUUUUUCUUGGAAAGAUUUGCAACUUCCCACCAUGAAGGAGGCUCCACAAGCAACUGUCAACCUUCAGAUUUGGUGGGACAUUUCUCUCUUCAGCAAUUGAAUUAUUCAUCAUCCAAUGCAAGACUCGCAACCCAAUCAAUUCCGUCCCUUUGGUUCACCCAGUCCAGCAAAAAUUUCGACAUGAAUUCAGAAUUCUCUUCUUGUUCGAUACCUACUAUUCUUCCGCCUGCAACAAAUUCAUUUCUUUCUACAUCUAUGGCUUUCAAGCCUUCUGAUGAUCCUUCCUCAUUAGCCUCUUUUCAAAUCAAUAGUUCACGGUUUUGGGAGGCUGGUGCAGCGAGUAACAAUAGCAACAGCAGCAGUGGAAGCAGCGGUAACGGCGAGCUGCAAAGCAACAGCUCUUUCUUUGAAAACUCUAUCUUUCCAUGGGGAUUAGCAGAUUGUAGUUCAACAGAGAAAGAGGCCCAAAACCAACUGAUAGGAAGCCAACAGGAAGAAGUGAAGUGGCCUGAACUUAUUCAUAAUCCGUUGCUAAUGGCUACUGCUUUACAAAAUCAAAACCAGCAAUCUUUAUACAAUGAGAUAAAAUCAGAAGCACAUUUCUUAACCGAAAAUUCGAGCGGUAUGUGGGGUCAGAACCAGCAGCAGCAACAAGAACCUUUCCAAACUUCUAAUAUAUGCCCUAAGGAUAUCCAAAGACUUACAGCAGCAUAUGGACAUAUUUAGAGCAAGAAAAUGGAAAAACAGAAAAGAAAAAGAAAGGCUCGAAACCGGAUGCCAUGCUUCCCCUUUCUUUACUUACAGGUGUGUGCCAAAGAUUUUUCUCUUGUAAAUAGGUCUGAUAUAAAAACAAGAACAUUUCUCACCCUCUACCGUUGGAGUAUUUGUGAGCCAAAACUCAGUCUUCUUGUUAGCUUUAUUUUCUUCUUUUUUAUUUUUUGUUGUUUUUUACUUCUUUGGUGUGGGUAGAAACAGAAUAAGGCUUCUACCAGUGUAAUUCUACUACUCUCUUCACCUCAUUGCAUAUGCAUUAUAGUGUUGCAAUUCUAUCUGUAAACAAUCCUAAGAAAUUGUAAUUCAUCCAUGAUUUUUUC